AUGGUCACCAACUUCAACGAAUACGUCACUGAUCCGUGCCUGUAUCAUCCUCACUCUGGCCACCGGCGCCUUGGCUGGCUUCAUCGGCACCGCUGGAUACAGCGUUGGCCUGGCUGCUGCCCCAGCCGUCGCCAUAGUAGCCGCUGCCCCAGUCGCCACUUACGCCGCUGCCGCAGCUGUCGCCACUGUAGCCACGCACCUGUAGCUACCGCUGUUGCUGCCCCAGCCAUUGCCACCUACGCCACUGCCCCAGCUAUUGCCACUGUGGCCCACGCACCAGUCGCCACAGCUGUUGCCGCGCCAGCCAUUGCCACCUACGCUGCUGCUCCACUUGUUGCCGCUGUGCCGGCUGUGACUCGAGUCGCCACCGUUUCCCACGCUGCCCCAGUCGCCGCUCAUGCCGUUGCCCCAGCUGUCGCUACUGUGGCUCAUGCCCCCGUCACCACUGCUGUUGCCGCACCCAUCACCACCUAUGCCGCUGCUCCAGCCGUCGCUGCCGUCCAUGCCGCUCCUGCUGUUGCCACCACCGCCGUUCACCAUGUCCCAGCUGUGGCCACCGUGGCUCACGCUGCUCCAGUCUACGGCUAUGGUAUUGGCAGCCUUGGCUACGGGUUGGCAACUACGGUUUCGGCCACGGUCUGCUCGGGUAUGGCCUGAACUACGGCUACGGUCUUGGCUCUGCCUACGACUACACCACUCUCCUUCGCAGAA